CAGAAGCAGAGAGUGCAGAAUGAAUCCCAACGGUUCUGCAGAACUAAAUGAUGGCCACCGCAUUCCUGUGCUUGGCUUUGGAACCUUUGCCCCAGAGGAGGUUCCCAAGAGUCUGGUUAAGGAGGCUACCAAAAUAGCUAUAGGUGCUGGCUUCCGCCAUAUUGAUUCAGCUUAUUUCUACCAAAAUGAGGAGGAGGUGGGGCUAGCUAUUCGAAGCAAGAUUGCUGACGGCACUGUGAAGAGAGAAGAUAUAUUCUACACUUCAAAGCUUCCCUCCAUAUGUCAUAGACCAGAGCUAGUCCAGCCUUGUUUGGAAGAGUCACUGAAAAAGCUUCAGCUGGAUUAUGUUGACCUCUAUCUCAUUCAUUUCCCAGUAUCAUUGAAGCCAGGCAAUGGUCUUCACCCAACCGAUGAAAACGGGCAAUUAUUAUUCGACACAGUGGAUCUCCGUGACACAUGGGAGGCCAUGGAGAAGUGUAAGGAUGCAGGGUUGGCAAAGUCCAUUGGGGUAUCCAACUUCAACCGCAGGCAACUGGAGAUGAUCCUGAACAAGCCGGGGCUCAAGUACAAGCCUGUGUGCAAUCAGGUAGAAUGUCAUCCUUAUCUCAACCAGAGCAAACUUUUGGAUUACUGCAAGUCAAAAGACAUUGUUCUGGUUGCCUAUGGUGCUCUAGGCUCCCAACGGUGUAAGCCAUGGAUAAAUGAGAAUGCCCCCUAUCUCUUGGAAGACCCCGUUCUUUGUGCCAUGGCGGAAAAGCACAAGCAAACUGCAGCUCUAAUUUCCCUCCGGUAUCUGCUGCAGCGUGGGAUUGUGACUCUCGCCAAGAGUUUCAAUGAGAAGCGGAUCAAGGAGAACAUGAAGGUUUUUGAGUUCCAGUUGUCUGCGGAGGACAUGGCAGUUAUAGACAGCCUCAACAAAAAUUACAGAUAUGCUCCUGCUGAUUUUACUGCUGCCCACCCCGAUUAUCCAUAUUCGGAUGAAUAUUGACAUGGGAACCUUCGUCAUGACCUCAUCCUGAAGGGAGCAUUGUGGGACACGCUGUAGAUACUGAUGGACGUCACCUCUGGUCAAUGCUGCGUGCCAACCCACACUCAGCCGGAUGGAGAGGGGUGGCCAUGGGGUUUCUGUGAGACUUUGAAGCCAAUAAAGUUUUGGUCUAUGAGGUACGUGUAAAGCACA